GCCAGCCUGCUAUUGGAGGUAAUUACAGAGACAGUAAAGUUCUUUUACGCCAGGAAAAAAAAAAAUGCUGGAUGUCUCAGAAAAUUUCGGAACCUGAUUUCAAAAGGAUCACACUGGGAGGAAAUAAAAUUUAGCAUGGUGGACCCCUCUAUAGCAUACACUUGUCAACGGAAUUUUUCCACAUCUCAUACCACCAACAUGAGAAAAAAAUGAUUAUCGUUGAUGGGACGCUUGAAUUUACUCCUUUUGGAAUCACCAAAAGUAUUUCCUAAGAGUCCACGACUAUAAACAGGAAAGCAUUUCACCCUGCCGCUCUGCCUUAGUUUAUCAGGCCGUAGAUGUGGAUGCAGCGCUGCGUGAUAGACACUGUUGCACGCAGGACUGCAGAGACUUCUUUUUAAACCACGAGUGAUUUGGGACGUCCUCUGCCCUCGCACUCCGAAUGAUACUUUCUUCACGUUGUCAGAGGACAUUCCACAGACUACCUUUUCUCAGGGUAGAGGGCAAAGUUAAAAAUCCUCUAUGACCUACAUUGCUGGCCAAAGCCUGGAGCUAACCAAACUCCACCUGAAUGCUCAAGUCCAAGGUAAACCCUCCAGAACGGGGACAGCCAGAAAAAAUGAACAGGCGGAAUUGUUGGAUUUGUAAGAUGUGCAGAGCUGUAUCUAAGAGGCCCCCUUCCAACCUUACCUUGGAGGAAGUACUGCAGUGGGCCCAGUCUUUUGAAAAGUUGAUGGCUACAAAAUAUGGCCCAGUAGUCUAUGCAGCAUACUUAAAAAUGGAGCACAGCGAUGAGAAUAUUAAAUUCUGGAUGGCAUGUGAAACCUACAAGAAGAUCGCCUCGCGCUGGAGCAGGACGUCUAGGGCAAAGAAGCUGUAUAAGAUUUACAUCCAGCCGGAGUCCCCUAGAGAGAUUAACAUCGACAGCUCAACAAGGGAAACCAUCAUCAAGAAUAUUCGAGAACCCACUCCCACAUGUUUUGAGGAGGCCCAAAAAAUAGUGUAUAUGCACAUGGAAAGGGAUUCCUAUCCCAGGUUUCUGAAGUCAGAAAUGUACCAGAAACUUCUGAAGACUAUUCAGCCCAACCACAAUUCUUGACGACCACUCACUAGUUUGAACUGAAGAUGGUAUAUUGAAAGUACUGACCUUGUCCUUUUAAUAUUUAAAACCCCCCAUCAAAUCAGACAUAGAGUAGGAAUGGAAUAGAAGAAAUCAAACUACAAAGUGAUUUCUAGUUCUCAAAGAGAAACAGAUCCCCAAAGGGGUGGCCCUAGAAUUCUUACCACAUAAAUAACUCAGUGAUGGCAGACCUACAUAGCUCGCUUAGUAUAUAAGGAAAAGCAUCGCCCUUCAUGACAGCAAUAUUACGAAGCGUUUACUGGAGAAAUCAACUAAUGGAUAUUUUCUUACUAAUGAAAUUUUGCUGUCCUAAUGCCUAGAUCAGUUCUUUAAAAAUUGUUGCUGUAUGAGCUGUAUCUCUAGCGCAAAUGUCUUCUUUAGACUGCUCGUAAAAACUUUAAUGAGUAGACAAACUUGGCACUCAAAGUACAAUCAAUUGAAUUAUAUCUUGAACAACAUUAAAAGCUGUGCUCUUGGAGGAUAUCUUACCUGUAAAAUUUUCCUACUAUUAUGUUCACACCUGAAGUUCUAUACUGCAUAUAUCUACUACGCAGGAAAAACUCUGAAUGAGUCUCAGCUAUUCACGUGUAUGAAUUUCUUCAUUUAUUUCUAUACCUAUAUUGCUAGAGGAUAGAAAAUUUGGUUCCUACAUUGUAAGAUUUUUUUUUCUUACAAUAUGAGUCCACCAUGGCCCAAAUAAUCAAUAAAUCCAAAUAUAAACCAAAACCUUUAUACAUAGGCGAUUUUUUCAAAGACAUGAUAAAGUUAUUUUUCUAGUAACGUUUUUUAACUGUCCUUUCAUAGAAGCUUCUUAGAAUUGGUUAGAAGAUUCCAGAGAAAAGAACUCCCAUCUGUUUGUUUCAUUUGUUUUGUUUGGCACAUUGCACAAGAUAAAUGUUCCACUGGAAUGGAUGGUCUAUGCUUGACAAAGAAUAAGAUACCUAAAAUAUUUAAUAUUAAUUUUUCCAAAGAAUUAGCUGUAAGAAAUUUUUGUUCAAGAUUUUUAGUUUUCCUAUGAAGACUGUUUCUCAGGCCUCAAAUUUGACUGAAACAGCAUGACUAUUUCUAUUUUAUAGAAAGCUAAGCUGUAUCACAUGAAAAUAAAUAUUAACUGGAAUUGUUCUCAUUAAACACAGAUUUAUUGUCAACAGUAUUAACAGUUAUGGAUUCAUUUCUGAGAAAGGGAAUUGGCUGUGCAAGAGAGUAUUUUUUGUUAAGAAGCAUAUAGUUGAGAAGUUCCCAUCGUGGCACAGUGAAAACGAAUCUGUCUAGGAACCAUGAGGUUGCAGGUUCGAUCCCUGGCCUUGCUCAGUGGGUUAAGGAUCUGAUAUUGCUGUGAGCUGUGGUGUAGGUUGUAGAUUCAGCUCAGUUCCCAAGUUGCUGUGGCUGUGGCACAGGUCAGAAGCUACAGCUCCAACUAGACCCCUAGCCUGGGAAUCCCCACAUGCUGUGAGUACAACCCUAAAAAAAAAAAAGAAGCAGCAUAUAGUUGAUUACUUGGAAUUCUAGUUACUUGCCCCAGGUGUUGUACCACAGUAGUCCAAUUUAAUCUAAUCUACUGAAUUUAAUUUAUUUCUUUUCAAAAUACCAAUAUAAGGAUAGCGGUAUAAGGAAAUUUGAUAAUGAUCCCCAGGCACAAUAAGCCAGAAGAAAAAAACAACAACUGCUUCUUCAUGUUUCAAAUAGCCUCCUUAUCUCAGUCCAUCAGCAAAUGCGAAUAUUUCAGCAACUCAAAAAGGUCAUUCCUGCACAGUGUUGAUGCACCUUGUUUCAACUCUCCUUGAGCUCUUCUCGCUCAAACUGUACUAAGUCCGCCAAACACUGAUGUAACUAAUAAACAGAAUAAUCAGCA